AGAAAAAGAAGACUUUUCUAACCUGAAAUAAGAAUCUCGUUUUUAUAACUACGCUUAUAUUUUUUACGAAAAGUUUUAUACCAUAUAACUAUCAUUGAAUAUACGUUAAUAAAUUUACAUUAAAAUAAUAAAUCUCCUAUUCUUCAGUCAAUUUGCGUACUAAAAUCAAAGCAGUGAAGUGAAGAAAAUUAGAAUAUUCAGUUUUUAUUACAAUGAGUACAGUAUUAAUCUUAACAGUAUUAUUCGUACAAGCUUACUGUGAUACAAACUUUACUACAAUCAACCUACCUGAUGAACACAUUCCUUAUUACUUUCGAAACUUUCCCAAAAUGGCAGGUAAAUGUUUAAAUGAUGAUAAAUGUCCGUAUAAAUCGUAUUUAAAUGAAGAUGUAUGUUGGGGAUACGAAUACGACUGUGAAUGGGAGAAACAAUACUCGAAACCUAAUUGUCCAGGAGAUCAUAAAGGGUGGGUGAAAACUAAAGCAGCCCAAGAAAGUACUUUUUAUACACAAGCCGACUUCGGAUAUAUUAAACAACAGUUGAGGGAAUUAAAAGUAGUUUGUGAGCCACUUUUUCCUCACGACAGUUCAUUGGAAUGUUCGGAACAUUUACGAUUCUGUAGAGGAAGAAACAUAAUGAUAAAUUUUACUAAAUUAAUGAAUAGAGAUGAACCUAUUCGGUACAAAAUGGAUGUAUUAGGUGAAGGUGAUAUCGGAGGUUAUUGUGACUUGAAAAAGGAGUGGUUGACGGAACAAUGUGAUCAUAUCAGCCCUUUGCAAAGCUGGGGACCUGAAUUGAGAUAUUUCAAGAGAUUAGAUCAUAGACCAAUUGUUGAAGGACACUGUGAUAUAGUUAUUGAAAAACCCACUUUCCUCAUGAAAAUAGAUGCUACUGUUAAUAUGUAUCACCAUUUUUGUGAUUUCUUAAAUUUAUAUGCUUCUUUACACUUGAACGCCACACAAGAAGAUGCUUUUUCAACAGACACACAUGUUUUAAUUUGGGAAACGUACAAUUACAGAUCAGCUUUCCAAGCAACUUGGGAAGCAUUCACUGAUAAUGAUUUGUGGGAUUUAAAAACGUUUCGAGGGGAUGUAGUUUGUUUUAAAAAUGUUGUUUUCCCUCUUCUACCGAGGAUGAUUUUUGGGCUUUAUUACAAUACACCUGUAAUCUACGGCUGUGAAAAAAGUGGAUUAUUUGAUGCAUUUUCAAAACACAUUUUACACAGAUUGAAAAUUUCUGAAUAUAAAAGAAAGAACAAGAAAGUUCGCAUCACUUUUUUAAGUAGAACAACUAAAUAUAGAAGGAUAUUGAAUGAAAUAGAAUUAAUAAAAGCUCUUGGAAAAAACGAUAAUUUGGAGAUACAGAGGGUUGUUUAUGACAAGGAUAUGCCUUUCAAAAAACAGUUAGAACUCACCAGAAACUCUGAUAUUUUUAUUGGAAUUCACGGAGCUGGAUUGACUCAUUUGUUAUUUUUACCGGAAUGGGCUGCAAUUUUUGAAAUAUACAAUUGUGAAGAUAACAAUUGUUAUUUUGACUUGGCUAGAUUGAAAGGAAUCAAAUAUAUAACAUGGGAGGACAUAAAUAAAUUGACCAUAAUCGACGAUGGAUCAUAUUCGGGAGGGGCACACGCUAAAUUCGUCAAUUACAGAUUUGAUCCUGAAGAAUUUGUUAAACUGGUAAACAGAGCAGUAGAGUACGUUAACAACCAUCCAAAAUUUCAGGAAUAUAUCAAAUAUGUAGAUAUAGUAAAAAAUCAUGAAGAACUUUAACUAAAAUAGGCUUUAAUAUCUUGUUUUAACUAAUAUGUUUAUCAACACUGUUAUUAAUAAUUUGAGACAUUCUGGAUUAAUUUGUUUCCGGUUGGUUAAAAAUGAAAUUAAUGAAGAAUAAUAUCGUUCUAGAAAAAUUUGAUAAAUUCUUACUAAACUCGAGUAUGGUUGCAGGUAAUUAAUUUUUUUCAUGUCAAGUUUAUCACAUUUGCAUUGAAUAAAAUUUAAAUAACCAAAAUGAAAGCGAAAUCAUUUCUCAUAAACAAUAAUAUGACUCUUAUUUUUCAAAAUUGUUGUCACAAUUUGAUUUUGUGAAAAUUUCUUGUCAUUUAUGCAAAAAAAUCUGACAACCUCGCACUAAAUUCUAAUAUGUUUACAUGACAGUUUUUUUUCCAAUUUGUGACAUUUGCAUGGAACAAAAUAUAAAUAUCCGAAGUGUUAGUGAAAUCAUUACUCAUGAGCAGUGAUUUCAGUACUUUUAUUUUCUAAACGUUGGCAGCGGCCGUGUUGUAAGAUUUAGAUUUGUCAAAAUCAAGCGAUUUCGUAGGAAUUUUGGUUUUGUUGUUUUUUAUACUCAUUUUAUAAUUAAUUAUUGUUAAAUUAUCAUUCUUCUUUUAUAAUUAAUAAUUUUUUCUUCUAUUUAAGAUUAUUACUUAAAUAUUUUAUAUUUUCAAUUUAAUUAACUUCAAAAUUUUAUACUACGACAGGAAAAAAUUUCAACGUGGCAACAAUGUAAAACAUCUGUCAUAUGUCUUUGCAACUUUAUUCUAAAAGCAGUAGUUCAUUUAACCUCUCAAGAAAUGUUUUGAAUAGAAGUUGGGUUUAAUUAUAUUUGAUUUCGAUUAAAAUUUAAUUAAUUAGGUGCUAUUUUUUUCAAUUUAUCGAAAUAGUAGUUAUUUUACUCGUAUAAUGCAAGUUUAGUUCGAUUAACACGAAAUAAAUUACAAAGUGUUGAGUGUAACAAAAUAAUAUACUUGUGCUUUUAUUUAUGCUAAAAUAUUUGCCAUAUUUUCAAGAAAUCUGGAACUGUGCAAUUACAGUAAGUAAUCAGAAAAAAAGACCCAUUUUUGUUAAUCUUCAAACUUGACUUUCUAGCAUUAUAGUUACUUAACUAUUAACAUUUAUUUUUGCAUACGAUAUUUAUAAUACUUUUAGUGCGAUUUUUAGUAUUGGUAAUGCAGUAUUUAAAAAAAAUUCAGUAUUAAUAAGUGUAAAGUUUUACAGAAUGUCCUUUAUAUAAAUAAAUAAAGCUAAUGGUCGAGACUUUCCACAUUUUUAGUAACAAUUAUGAUUGAUACAUUUAGAUUGUGUUAUUUAUAUGAUUUAGAACCAAAACUCGUAUUAUAAUAUAUAUUUUUACAAUUUAUCCGACAUAUUUUGGUUCCAGUUUUCUUGGUAAAAUAAAUGCCAUAUUAAGAAACUUAUUUUGUCAUAAUACGAUUGAUAUAAGGAACAUUUUAGGGUAAAUAAUAUUGAAAUGUUUAACAAAAACAUAAUUUAUUCAAUCCUUUUUUAGAAACAUUGUUUUUUACAUAUUUUUUUACAAUUAUUUUAUAUUUGUUAACAAAAAUACAAAAAAAUAAAUAUUAUAACAACA